UGUUACCGAUUGAACAACGUAGAUCGAUAUUGUCCCAUUAGUUCGCAGAACAGCCACCGUAAACACUUUCUUAUUAUAUAAUGGCUGCUCUUUAAAUUUAUAUUCUGUCAGUCGUCCAGAUUCGUCGGAAUCGGAAAGAUGUUGUUCCUCAACAAACCCCGCUACUAUGAUACCCCGGAGGGUCAGGCGCCGUUUGAAAAAAUUGUGGCUUGUGCAAAAAAAGCUAUUGUCGCUGGAGUGUUCAUAGGUGGCCUCGACUGUGUUUGGCAUACAGAUGCCAAGAACUUUGGUGAAGUAGUGAACUGUAUGAGUUAUUGGGUAGUUCCAAUGGUUGGAAUGGCUUCGACUUGGGCAUCUGUUACAUAUAUUUCGACCAAAGUUCGUGGGAAAGAUGAUUGGGUCAACUACGUUGUCGGAGCUGCGGCUUGUGCUCCAAUUAUACAUGCCUGGAAAAAAACUCAUUCUUAUACCAUUUGGGGAACAACAAUAGCAAUGAUUGCAGCUCGUGCUGCUAAAGACAAAGCAGACAAUGGAUGGGAAAUAGCUCCUGAGGUGCGUCAUAACUAUGGAUUAUACCUAACAGAUUUCUCGCUCACCGAACCCGGUGACAAAGAUUUCAGAUCCCCCUACAAAUUCGGCCUUUGAAGAGUUGCCGAAAUAUAUUAUUAAUUAAAUAGAACAGUUGACUUGUAUUUAAAAAAGAGCAAAUCAUUUGUCCCAGCAAGUUAAUCUUGCAGGGAUAGUCACACGUGUUAUAUAUAUUGAAUGUACAUGAAACGCCAGGAAUGAACGUAAAUAUAUGGAGGAGAUGAUAGAA